GACCAGCAGGCUGGAGCCCGAGGACGCCGGGGACCCGCGCCGGGCCCGGUAGCACGGGGGGCGAGGGCAGCGUCUCCGGGCAACGAAGAGGGGGCACGAGGAAGGGAGAAGACGCGUGCCAAGGUGGGCAAUCAUCUCCAGCUGGGGCAGAGCCCGUGGCUCGCCCCCCUCCGAGGCCACGCCUCCGCUUCCCCGGCCUCCUCCGGACCACCGGCCAGGCCCCCUCCAGCCGAGCCUCAGUUUCCCCGGGGGGCAUCCGUUGCCCGCGCACACGGAUGAGAGGCGGGGGUUGGUGGAGAACGGAGGCGUCCAGCGCCCAAGCCCUUGGCUCUGCUUUUCAAGCUUGCGGCCGGACUAAGAACUGUGUGUGUUAAAGCAUUCCUCUUCCUUGUUUUCAUGACUGUGAGCCUGUUUGAUCGGAGAUGGAGCAGAUGGAUUGUAAACCCUACCAGCCACUAUCCAAAGUCAAGCACGAAAUGGAUCUCACUUACACCAGUUCUUCUGAUGAGAGUGAAGAUGGGAGGAAACCAAGACAAUCCUAUGACUCAAGAGAAACCCUUCAUGAGUAUAACCAAGAGCUUCGAUUGAAUUAUAACAGCCAAAGCAGGAAGAGAAAAGAAGUAGAUAAUUCUACUCAAGAAAUGGAAUUCUGUGAAACUCCACACAUCCUGUGCACUGGCUACCAGACAGACAUAUGCGAUGUCACUCAGCACGGUUACCAGAUAGAGAUGGGUUCAGAUGUGGAUACUGAAACUGAGGGUGGCGGCUCACCCGACCACGCUCUGAGGAUGUGGAUGAGGGGAAUGAAAUCAGAACACAGUUCCUGCUUGUCCAGCCGGGCCAACUCAGCAUUGUCCUUGACCGACACUGACCACGAAAGGAAGUCUGAUGGAGAAAACGACAUGCCCGGGAGCCCACAUAACCAGUUCACGUUCAGACCUCUCCCGCCUCCGCCCCCUCCGCCUCACGCGUGCACGUGUGCCAGGAAGCCGACAUCAACGACCGACUCCCUCCAGAGAAGAUCCAUGACGACUCGCAGCCAGCCCAGCCCGGCGGCUCCGACGCCCCCGACCAGUACACAGGAUUCUGUCCAUCUGCAUAACACCUGGGUCCUGAAUAGCAACAUACCAUUGGAGACAAGGCAUUUCCUCUUUAAACAUGGAUCGGGUUCUUCAGCUAUCUUCAGCGCAGCCAGUCAGAACUACCCAUUAACCUCCAACACGGUUUACUCUCCACCUCCCAGGCCACUGCCUAGAAGCACCUUCUCAAGGCCCGCGUUCACUUUUAACAAGCCGUACAGGUGCUGCAACUGGAAGUGCACGGCUUUGAGUGCCACCGCCAUCACCGUGACCCUGGCUUUGCUACUAGCCUACGUCAUUGCAGUACAUUUAUUUGGCCUAACCUGGCAGCUGCAACCUGUUGAAGGAGAGCUGUAUGAAAAUGGACUUAGCAAGGGGAAUCGAGGGGCCGAGGCCGUGGAUACCACUUACUCCCCAAUUGGAGGAAAAGUUUCAGAUAAAACAGAGAAAAAAGUGUUUCAGAAGGGAAGAGCCAUAGAUACAGGAGAAGUUGACAUUGGAGCUCAAGUGAUGCAGACCAUUCCUCCGGGCUUAUUCUGGCGUUUUCAGAUUACCAUCCACCAUCCUAUGUACCUGAAAUUCAACAUUUCAUUAGCGAGGGACUCUUUAUUGGGGAUUUACGGUAGAAGAAACAUCCCCCCUACGCACACUCAGUUUGAUUUCGUAAAGCUGAUGGAUGGAAAACAGUUAAUUAAACCAGAACCGAAGAACUCUGAAGAUUCCCAGCAUUCUCCGAGGAAUCUAAUUUUAACCUCACUGCAGGAGACAGGUUUCAUUGAGUAUAUGGAUCAAGGGCCUUGGUAUCUUGCCUUUUACAAUGAUGGAAAGAAGAUGGAACAAGUAUUUGUAUUAACUACAGCAGUUGAAAUCAUGGAUGACUGUUCUACUAACUGCAACGGGAAUGGAGAGUGUAUCUCUGGCCACUGUCACUGUUUCCCGGGAUUCCUUGGCCCUGAUUGUGCAAGAGAUUCAUGCCCCGUGCUGUGUGGUGGAAAUGGAGAAUAUGAAAAAGGACAUUGUGUAUGCCGGACUGGGUGGAAAGGGCCAGAGUGUGACGUUCCAGAAGAACAGUGUAUUGAUCCAACCUGCUUUGGACACGGCACCUGUAUCAUGGGUGUCUGCAUCUGUGUGCCGGGAUAUAAAGGAGAAAUCUGUGAGGAAGAGGACUGCUUAGAUCCUAUGUGUUCUAGCCACGGGGUCUGUGUUAAAGGAGAAUGCCACUGCGCUGCAGGCUGGGGAGGAGUGAACUGUGAGACGCCGCUUCCUGUUUGCCAAGAGCAAUGCUCUGGACACGGGACUUUCCUCCUGGAUACGGGCAUGUGCAGCUGUGAGCCGAAGUGGACAGGAUCCGAUUGCUCAACAGAAUUGUGUACCAUGAACUGUGGUAACCACGGGGUUUGCUCAAGAGGGCUGUGCCAGUGUGAAGAAGGAUGGGUAGGGCCAACCUGUGAGGAACGAACCUGCCACUCUCACUGUGCGGAGCAUGGCCAGUGUAAAGAUGGAAAGUGUGAAUGUAGCCCUGGAUGGGAGGGAGACCACUGCACUAUUGCUCACUACUUAGAUGCCGUCCGAGAUGGUUGUCCGGGACUGUGCUUUGGAAAUGGGAGGUGUACCCUAGAUCAGAAUGGCUGGCACUGUGUGUGUCAGCUAGGCUGGAGUGGAACAGGAUGCAAUGUCGUCAUGGAAAUGAUGUGUGGAGACAACGUGGACAAUGAUGGAGAUGGUUUGACUGACUGUGUGGACCCUGAUUGUUGUCAGCAAGGCAAUUGCUAUGCGAGUCCUCUCUGCCAAGGCUCACCUGACCCUCUUGACCUCAUUCAGCAAAGUCAGCCUCUUUAUUCUCAGCAUCCUCCAAGCCUCUUCUAUGACCGCAUCAGAUUCCUCAUCGGCAAGGACAGUACUCAUGUCAUUCCUGGAGAAGUCUCCUUUGAUAGCAGGCGAGCCUGUGUCAUUCGGGGCCAAGUGGCGGCAGUGGACGGGACCCCUCUGGUUGGGGUGAAUGUCAGUUUCCUACACCACAGUGAUUAUGGGUACACUAUCAGCCGGCAAGAUGGAAGCUUCGACCUGGUAGCCGUAGGAGGGAUCUCCGUCACCUUAAUCUUUGACCGAUCACCGUUCGUAUCUGAGAAAAGGACACUGUGGCUCCCGUGGAACAGGUUCAUCGUAGUGGAAAAAGUCACGAUGCAGAGAGCCAAGUCAGAUCCACCUUCCUGUGACAUCUCCGGCUUCGUCAGCCCAAACCCUGUUGUCUUUCCUUCACCCCUGACGGCGUUUGGCGGGUACUGUCCAGAGAGGGGAACAGUCAUUCCAGAGCUCCAGGUUGUCCAGGAAGAAAUCCCGAUCCCAUCCAGCUUUGUGAGACUGAGCUACCUCAGCAGCCGAACACCAGGAUAUAAAACACUGCUGCGCAUCGUUCUGACACACGCGACCGUCCCCUUGGGGAUGAUAAAAGUGCAUCUCAUCGUUGCCGUUGAAGGCCGUCUAGUGCAGAAGUGGUUUCCAGCUGCAGUCAACCUCGUGUACACAUUUGCGUGGAACAAGACAGACAUAUACGGGCAGAAGGUUUCUGGCCUGACGGAAGCUACCGUGUCCGUAGGAUACGAAUACGAAACAUGCCCUGACUUUAUUCUGUGGGAGAAAAGAACAGUGGUUUUACAAGGUUUUGAAUUGGAUGCUUCGAACCUAGGAGGCUGGUCCUUAAAUAAGCAUCAUAUUUUGAACCCACAAAGUGGAAUCGUACAUAAAGGGAAUGGAGAGAACGUGUUCAUUUCCCAGCAGCCCCCAGUCAUCUCCACUGUCAUGGGAAACGGUCACCAGAGAAGCGUUUCCUGCACCAGCUGCAAUGGUGUGGCCCAUAGCAACAAACUCUUUGCCCCAGUUGCCUUAGCAUCCGGUCCCGACGGCAGUGUCUACAUUGGAGACUUCAACUUCGUGAGGCGAAUAUUUCCCUCAGGAAAUUCCAUUAGCAUCUUGGAAUUAAGAAACCGAGAUACGAGACAUAGCACCAGCCCCGCUCACAAGUACUACCUGGCCGUGGACCCGGGAUCCGGGUCGCUCUACCUGUCCGACACAAACACGAGAAGGGUGUACAGAUUGAAAUCUCUCGGGGAGACGAAAGAUCUGGCCAAGAAUUACGAGGUGGUUGCGGGAACUGGCGAUCAGUGUCUGCCGUUUGACCAGAGUCACUGCGGAGAUGGCGGAAGGGCGGCAGAGGCGUCUCUGAACAGUCCUAGAGGUAUCACGGUUGACCGGCAUGGUUUCAUUUACUUUGUGGACGGUACUAUGAUUCGGAAAAUUGAUGAGAACGCCGUGAUCACAACCGUCAUCGGCUCGAACGGGCUGACAUCCACCCAGCCGUUGAGCUGUGACUCCGGAAUGGACAUCAGUCAGGUGAGGCUGGAGUGGCCGACCGACCUCACGGUCAACCCCAUGGACAAUUCGCUGUACGUCUUGGACAACAACAUCGUCCUGCAGAUCUCGGAGAACAGACGCGUGAGGAUCAUCGCCGGCCGGCCCAUCCACUGUCAGGUCCCCGGAAUCGACCAUUUCCUGGUCAGCAAGGUGGCGGUCCACUCCACCCUGGAAUCGGCACGGGCCAUCGGCGUGUCCCACAGCGGGGUGCUCUACAUCGCCGAGACGGACGAGAGGAAGAUCAACCGCAUCCAGCAAGUCACCACCAACGGGGAGAUCUCCGUCGUUGCGGGGGCCCCGACGGACUGCGACUGCAAGAUCGACCCCAACUGCGACUGUUUCUCAGGGGAUGGAGGAUACGCCAAAGACGCAAAGCUGAAAGCACCUUCCUCUUUAGCAGUCUCGCCCGAAGGCACGCUGUACGUAGCCGACCUGGGCAAUAUCCGCAUCCGGGCGGUCAGUAGAAACAGAGCUCACCUGAGCGAUUUGAAUAUUUAUGAGAUCGCUUCACCCGCGGACCAGGAGCUUUAUCAGUUCACCCCCAACGGGACCCAUCUCCAUACGCUGAAUCUGAUCACCAGGGACUACAUGUACAAUUUCUCCUACACCGCGGAAGGAGAUUUAGAAGCCAUCACCAGCGGCAGUGGGAAUUUAGUCCACAUUCACCGGGGCACUAGUGGAACGCCUCUGUGGUUGGCGGUCCCUGGAGGGCAGGCGUACUGGCUGGUUAUCAGUAGCAACGGCGUGCUGAAGAAGAUAACCGUGCAAAACUACAACUUGGCCUUAAUGACAUAUCCAGGGAACACGGGUCUUCUGGCCACCAAAAGCGAUGAGAACGGAUGGACAACCAUUUAUGAGUAUGACCCUGAGGGACACCUGACCAACGCAACGUUUCCGACCGGAGAGGUGAGCAGUUUCCACAGAGAUAUGGAAAAGCUGUCCCGAGUGGAGCUGGCCACGUCAAACAGAGAGAAUGUUAUCACUUCAACCAACUUUUCCGCUACCAGCACCGUUUACAUUUUAAAACAAGAAAACACUCAGAGCAUCUAUCGGGUCAGCCCGGACGGGUCCCUCCGAGUCACCUUCGCGAGCGGGAUGGAGAUCGCCUUAAACACGGAGCCUCACAUCCUGGCCGGGGUGCUCAACCCCACCUUGGGAAAAUGCAACGUCUCCCUUCCCGGGGAGCAUAACUCCAACCUGAUCGAGUGGCGGCAGAGGAAGGAGCAGACCAAAGGCAACAUCUCGGCGUUUGAGAGGAGGCUGAGGGCCCAUAACCGGAACCUGUUAUCCAUUGAUUUCGAUCACGUGACCCGCACGGGCAAGAUCUAUGAUGAUCAUCGAAAAUUCACUCUCCGCAUCCUCUACGAUCAGACGGGGCGUCCCAUUCUCUGGUCUCCCGUCAGCAGGUAUAACGACGUCAACAUCACCUAUUCCAGUUCGGGAUUAGUGACUUUCAUUCAGAGAGGCACGUGGACGGAGAAGAUGGAAUACGAUCAGAACGGGAAGAUAAUCUCAAGGACUUGGGCCGACGGGAAGAUAUGGAGCUACACGUACCUGGAAAAGUCGGUGAUGCUCCUCCUGCACAGCCAGCGGCGUUACAUCUUCGAAUACGACCAGUCGGACCACCUGCUGUCCGUCACCAUGCCCAGCAUGGUCCGCUACGGCCUGCAGACCCUGCUGUCGGUGGGCUAUUACCGCAACGUCUACACCCCUCCCGACGGGGCCGCCUCUCUGGUCCAAGAUUUCACCGGCGACGGGCGCCUGCUCCAGACGCUGCACCUCGGGACGGGCCGCCGGAUCCUCUAUCGCUACACCAAGCAGUCGCGGCUGUCCGAGAUCCUCUACGACACCACCCAGGUCACCUUCACCUACGAAGAGUCGUCCGGGGUCAUCAAGACCAUCCACCUGAUGCACGACGGGUUCAUCUGCACCAUCAGAUACCGGCAGACGGGUCCCCUGGUCGGACGUCAGAUUUUCCGGUUCAGCGAAGAGGGUCUGGUGAACGCGCGGUUCGACUACAGCUACAACAACUUCCGCGUGACCAGCAUGCAGGCGGUGAUCAACGAGACGCCGCUGCCCAUCGACCUCUACCGCUACGUGGACGUCUCCGGGCGGACCGAGCAGUUCGGGAAGUUCAGCGUCAUCAACUACGACCUCAACCAGGUCAUCACCACCACGGCGAUGAAGCACACCAAGAUCUUCAGCGCCAACGGCCAGGUGAUCGAGGUCCAGUACGAGAUCCUGAAGGCCAUCGCCUACUGGAUGACGGUCCAGUACGACACCGUGGGCCGCAUGGUGGUCUGCGACAUCCGGGUGGGGGUGGACGCCAACGUCACCAGGUACGGUUACGAGUACGACGCCGACGGGCAGCUCCAGGCCGUGUCGGUCGACGACCGGGCCCGGUGGCGCUACAGCUACGACCUCAACGGGAACGUCAACCUGCUGAGCCACGGGAACAGCGCCCGCCUGACCCCGCUGCGGUACGACCUGCGGGACCGGAUCACCCGGCUGGGCGAGACCCCGUACAGGAUGGACGAGGACGGCUUCCUGCGGCAGCGGGGCAACGAGGUGUUCGAGUACAACGCCAACGGGCUCCUCCGCCGGGCCUACGACCGGGCCUCGGGCUGGACGGUCCGCUACUGCUACGACGGGCUCGGCCGCCGCGUGUCCAGCCGCUCCAGCCCGGGCCGCCACCUGCAGUUCUUCUACGCGGACCUCGCCCACCCCAUCCGCGUGACCCACCUGUAUGACCACAGCAGCUCCGAGAUCACCUCGCUCUACUACGACCUACAGGGGCACCUCAUCGCCAUGGAGCUGAGCAGCGGGGAGGAGUACUACGUGGCCUGUGACAACACGGGCACCCCCUUGGCCGUCUUCAGCAGCCGGGGGCAGGUGAUCAAGGAGAUCCUCUACACCCCGUACGGGGACGUCUACCGGGACACCCACCCGGACUUCCAGGUGGUCAUCGGCUUCCACGGGGGCCUGUACGACCCGCUGACCAGGCUGGUGCACCUGGGCCAGAGGGAUUACGACGUGGUGGCCGGCCGCUGGACGACGCCCGACCACCGGGUCUGGCGUCACCUGAGCGCCGUCCCCGGGCCCUUCAACCUCUACUCCUUCGAAAACAACUACCCGGUCGGCAGAAUCCAAGACGUGGCCAAGUACACCACAGAUAUCGGAAGUUGGCUGGAGCUGUUUGGUUUUCAGCUUCACAACGUGCUCCCCGGAUUCCCGAAGCCAGAGACGGAAAGGUUGGAAUUGACUCACGAGCUUCUCCAGCUUCAGACGAAAACUCAGGAGUGGGAUCCCGGAAAGACGGUCCUGGGCAUCCAGUGUGAGCUCCGGAAGCAGCUUCGGAAUUUCAUUUCCCUGGACCAGCUUCCCAUGGCCCCCGGCUCCGGCGACGGGAGGUGCCCCGGAGGAGGAGGGAAGCAGCCCCGCUUUUCCGCCGCCCCUUCCGUCUUCGGGAGAGGCAUCAAAUUCGCCAUCAAGGACGGGGCGGUGACGGCCGAGGUGAUCGGGGUGGCCAACGAGGACAGCCGCCGCAUGGCCGCCGUCCUCAACGAGGCCCGCUAUCUGGAGAACCUCCACUUCACCGUCGAGGGGCGCGACACGCACUACUUCAUCAAGCUGGGCUCGCUAGAGGAGGACCUGGCCCUGAUCGGGAACAGCGGGGGGAGACGGAUGCUGGAGAACGGCGUCAACGUCACGGUGUCGCAGAUGACCUCGGCGGUCAACGGGAGGACCCGGCGCUUUGCCGACAUCCAGCUCCAGCACGGCACGCUGUGCUUCAACAUCCGCUACGGGACCACGGUGGAGGAGGAGAAGAACCAUGUGUUGGAGACGGCCAGGCAGAGGGCCGUCGCCCAGGCCUGGACUAAGGAGCAGAGACGGCUCCGGGAAGGGGAAGAGGGCAUCAGGGCCUGGACGGAGGGAGAGAAGCAGCAGCUCCUGAGCACCGGGAGGGUCCAGGGCUACGAUGGCUACUUCGUCCUGUCCGUCGAGCAGUACCUAGAACUUUCGGACAGUGCCGACAACAUUCACUUUAUGAGACAGAGCGAGAUCGGCAGGAGGUGACGGACGCAACCUCCGCCUCCGCGUCACCAAAGACCGCCUGUUUGUAAAACCCGGAAUGGUUUACGUAUCGGUUUUCUAGAUCGGACCUCCCCGCGUGCCACCGCGGAGAGAGAGAGACAGAGACAAAAACGUAUCCGACUGCCUUUAAACGCGACGGAAGAUGGUAUUUUGAUACCGUCCGCUCGGACCCUCUAAGAGACCACGGAGACGGCGUCCGGCUCCCUCACGGAACGACGCGGGCGGAGAGUGGACUGUUAAAGAGAUGACGGAGAAUCCAUCGCGCCCGAGCGCCGGUGACGAGGAAGGACCCCGGCUGGGGAGUUUGGGGGGAGGACGGGGGAGGGGAGCAACGGGGGCCUCCCCCACGGAAGAACCGGGAGGCCGUCAGGGGAGGGCCGGGGCGGCCUCGCGUCCCCCAGAGAUCGCGGGACCUCCUCGUUGCCGGGGACCGUCUCCGACGACGCCGGUCUUGGCUCGUCCGCUCGUUGCCCCGUCUCCCCGCCCCCCUCAUUAAGAGUCAAAGCGGUCCCAUCGCCGUACCGAGUCGAGCCCGCGGUUGCAUCCCGUCCCCGCUCUCCUCCCUGGGUCCGGAGGCCGGGACGGGAUGGCAUCCCCCAUCCACCUCCGGGGGAGCCUCUUGUUUGGGGAUGACGCGUCGGGGAACUCUUUCGGGUCGCCCCACCCCGGGAAGCAGCCCCACACUGACGUCCCAGUCGACGCGGCCGAUCCGGGGGCUUCUCGGGGCGACCCCUCACCCGAGCGAGGGCCCCUUCCUCCGGGUCAAUCUGUAGAGCGCUCUCACGGGUAUUCUCCCCCACGAGGUUCCCCGGGGGAACCCGGAGUCUAUCCCCCCACCGGCGAGUGGUCGAUUUAGGGAAGCGGCGAAGGCCCGGACCUGAGGAUCGGGGUUCUAAUCGCGGCCCCCCAACUCUCCAGGCGCGUCGCUUGACAUUUCUGUUCUUCAGUUCCCUCAUCUGCAUGACAGGGUUUUGGUUACCUGCCCUCUCUCCUGGUUGGAAUGCCAGCCCACGUCGGGACCUGGUCAUCUCGUCUCCAGCCCGGUGUUGGGUUCGGCGCCCAGUGCGCUGUCAGAGCCGAAGGACUACCCAGAGCAUCAUCGUGGCUCUGCCUGGUUUCCGAGAACGGAGGAGACUAAGAUGAGCCCGUGGGUCGAGACGGUGAAAAUGCUCCCCGGGGGCCGGAGAGAAGCGCAGCGGUGGAGGAGUCUCGCGCCGUGGGCCGUGAGUCGUCAGAGGUCAGCACCCGAAUGUUUCGAGCAAGCGGCGGGCAAUCUCCAUGGCCGUCCGCUUCCCUCCCGGAGUCUGUAUUUUUCCACGGUGAUGUUUAACCUGUGCUCAUUUUUUAGCGGGGAGUGGAUGACUAUCCGGGAGCAUCUCUCAGCAUCCCAGGGAUGGGGGUCGUGGGACCGUCUCAGACCCACGCGAGCAUCCACGUCGACGUGGGCUGUGCCGCUGAAUGUCCGUGAGACCCACGGUCAGCCCCAAGGUCCCCCCUCGCGUGGCCUCCCCUGGGUGACGAUUGUGUCUCUGGCGCGGAGGAGUCGACGCAUCCCCAGGUGACUCCCAUACCGACCUUGGCCCGGAGGCCCCCCCGACCGGAGAGAAGGCUUGCGGUAAAAGAUAAAAGCCCCCCGUGUCUUAUAAUCGACUCCCCGCCCUGAGCCCAUGUCCCAAAAAGGCCUUCCCUCUCGAAACGCGGGGACGAGGGAGACUAGGGAGAGAAGAGAUCCCGAGAGCGGAGAAGAGGAAUAACAAAAAACCGUCGGCCAACAGACGGGGCACCAGAAUCCCAUCUUUGAAGAGCGGAGGUUGAGAGACCGACUCGCUUUCGACCCCGAGGCUGCAGCUCAAGUGGACCUGCCUUCCGGUCAGCGUCCACCCCGUGACGGAAACCGGCUAUUUUUAUUCGGGCAACUGUGCCAUCUCCUUUUCUCCUUCAUCUGUCCUAUCAUAAGGGACCACGGACUAAAGCCACGCAAACCUCCGCGACGGCCUCGGGUCGGACCCACGCUUCCCAGAGCCUCCGAUAUCAUUUUUAUCGACAGACCAAGAUUCCCCCUGGAUCGUCGCUAGGGAGAGGGCGACGGUCAACGCGACGGGCGUAGUUGGUGUCCGGCAGAGCCCGUCCCGCUCUCGUUUUUGAGCCUCUCUGCUUUCCGCGGUUCCCCGAGGACGGGUGGUUUUCAGACCACCCUGGACAUCCGUCCCAAACUGACCUCUGAAGGCUUGACUUCGACAGUAAUGACCUCGAGAGGCGCGUUUCCCGUCCGGGUUACUCAUUGAUUUAGCUGGUGCCUUUAGUUUCUAAAAGUUGUAUUUGUAUCGGAUUCGGGAGACACUAGUAGGCCCUAGUUGCGGUUUGACGACAGCCUUGAAUAUCACUGGUCUCAGUAGAAUGCCCCUAAGGAGCAUGAGAGUGGAGGAUAGGGAAUGAGUAGCCCCAGAUGGGUUCAAAAAUCGAUUGUAAUUCAGAGAAAAGUGUGGCGACAUUUCUUAUCGGGGAUAGGGAGGAGCUGAGCACCCCCCCACCCCCGCCCCGCUUUCGAUGGAACGGAGAGAAAAGGAUGCAUCUGUCCCAAAGUUUUUUGGUUUUUUUCAAAUAGGAAAGAAAAGGUUUUUAUCGCAUGUCCCGACGAAAAUGAGAGAUGUAGAUAAAUCGCAAAGCGACUGUCGGGUGGCUCGUUAUCACGCCGAGCGCUCUUGGAGUCAGCGAGAGAGAGAGAGAAAGAGAGAGACUACAUCUGGAUUCUCCCUUGAUCAAAUAGGGAUCUCUGGAGGCAAGGAAUAUGUCAUCUUCAUGUUGUAUGUUUUUGGCAGCUCAGCCCAUUUGAUCGGUAUUUUUCUUUUUCGCGCUUUAGCGCGGAGCCCCGGACGAGGAGAACAGAAUUGACGUCGAAGGGUUCGGAGGCGUUUACAUCAGGGUGAUUUUCUGUCACUACUGUAAUCAUGCCAGGUGAAAGCCUGGUGCCAGAAAGCAGAGAAGGGUAGGAAAAUUCCUACACACACUUCUUUGCCAGGCAAGCAUUCUACUGCAAAUAGAGAGAGAGAGAGAGGGUUUAUUUUUAACCCAGCCAACCGCUAGUGUGUAAAAUAAGCAUUUCCUUUACAGUCACCGUAUCUAGGAGAUCUAGGCCAUUUAUUUGUGUGGGUACGCGUGGGGUGUGUGCGUGCGUGCGUGCGUAUAGCUAUCUAUCUGCAGAACAUAGGCAAAUAUAAACACUUCACACUGUUCCACGUGGUAAACCUGCGAAGCUAGAAAUUUCCACAAGGCAAUUCGACGGGUUGAAAAGCCUUCCCUCUCGAUCCCGUUUCGGAUACCCCACUCUGCGUUCCCUCUUUCAAACGGGCCGGGAGAGAGGUCACGGCCGGCGUGAUCCACACCCCGAGGACGACGCGCGUAGGGAGCCGUCAGGCCGCGGCCUCCCCCUUCCGGGAAUCAUCACGGACGACCCGUCCGUGGUUUCCGGAUUCAGACGGUCCAGCCGGGAACCUCCGUGAGGUUUUCGGUCCCGAGGGAAAACCACCGGCGUGUUUCGGCGUGU